ACCUUUGACAACACACCGGUUACAAAUGCAGUGUUUUGAUUGGUCAAUCGUCCCACAAAUGGUGGAUUUAAAAUUAAAUGUCCACAGCAAAGACAACGUUUCUGAUGGAGAAUCUUAAUCACCAAGUGUAUUUGAUAUCAACAUCUUGAUGGAAGAAGGAUGAAUUUGGAGUCUGGCGUUGAUCUAAUGUGAACUUAAACUCUGUAAUUUACCUGGCACCAGAAAGUGAAAUAACUCCACAAUGGAUCCCAGACAUUUUAAUAUGUCUGCAAACACUUCUUUUAUGCAGAAACAUACUGUGGACAAAGCCUUUCAGAGCCUCCUGGAGGAGAGUGUCAUAUUUGAAGGUCCGAUUAUUCAUAAGAAAUUUCUUCCAAAUCGACCUGAUCUAAACUUGUCGUCUGCAAGAGCAGAUCUUUUCUCUUCAGUCAAAAAUAAAACAUUUGAUAUGGGCUGGCGCCAAGAGGUUGCAAAGAAGUCCAUGUCUUUCUCACAGAACCAGUCACAUAUGUCCAGCUUUCGAGCUAACCACAGUAGCUGGAGAAAUGUAUCUCACAGUCAUAAUGUUGGCAACCAUAUAACUAGGGUUGUUUCAAAGAGGCCAACUUUAUCGCCACAUAAGGAAUCGCCAUCUGUCUCGAAAAAGAAAUCACCUGCUAAGUUUUCUUCCUUUAAGGUGCCGCCACCGAGAAAACAUCCAUCUUUGAGAAUUCUCCAACGUGAUGCCAGAAGAUUAGAGAAGCAUUUAAGUGAAACUAAAGAACAUAACUUGAGGUCACGAGCAAGAGAUUUAGUGACAAACUUACAACCUCCUAUGUUGGUAAAGGAUGUGAGAAAAGCAGGCAAGACAACCCAAAACAAACAAAGGGCUUCUGAUGAGGCCAAAAAGACCAAGCACAGAUCACCACGAGCCACAAAAGAUGCAAAAGAUUUGCCCAAACAAACACCACAAAAGAAAAAUUUAGUACAAAACAUGCAAUCACAGGAAAUGGUAAAUAGCAUUCAGAAGCGGAAGCUGAGGUCUUUUAUCGUUAAUCAGAAAGACAAAUGCAAUGCUCAGUCAGCCUCUAGUUCAAAAACCGCUGCUGCUGCUUCCGAAGUUCCUGCCAUUAGUAAUAAAAGGAAGAGAAAUAGUCACAAGAAAUCGUUAACUGAACCAAUUCCUAAAAGGCAAAAAGUACAACAUGUAAAAAAACCUGACCCCAAAGCACAAAAACCUGACCCCAAAGCACAAAAACCUGACCCCAAAGCACAAAAACCUGACCCCAAAGCACAAAAACCUGACCCCAAAGCACAAAAGUCUGAAACUUUAACGAAAAAACCUAAUACAAGAUUACAGAUAUCUCAAACAAGAACAUCGAGAACUGAACAGAAAAGACAGUUAUCUGCACCAAAAUCUAAAUUACCAUCGAAGCCGCUUCCAAAAUCCAACACCAGUGAACGAUUCUUAGACAAAUGGAUCGUUUACCAAGAUGAGAAUGAAACUUUCAUCAAAGGGCAUGUUAAGGACUGCAGCCCAAAUACAUUCUGGAGAAGCACUCCCGUUGUAAGGCGAAUUGAAAACUAUGUAUUGGAGACUCAGUCAGGAACGAACUGUAUUAUAUCAGGACCACCAUAUGCAUCUGCAAUGUUAAGCAAAGGUUAUACUCAGGAUAUAAUUAAUUGCUUUCAGAAUGGCUUCCCUGUUGACUGGAGGUCUGUUCUGAAAGGAAACUUUCCAUCAAACAGUAAAAUCACUGAGAAAAACCACAAGCUUGAUGAAGAAAGACCAAGAAAACUUCGUGAUAGAGUGACCAACAAUUUGAAAACCAUAGAAAAUAAUGUCCCUACACCUGAAACAGCUUCUACAUCAGCUGAGAAUGACGUUCCUUCUGAAGAACCUUUACAAGAAGAAAGUUCUUUCUCCGAUGAGAUCUCCGAUGCCACUGAUGACGAUGAAUUAACAGAAAUGGAGAGUACAGCUAAUGAUUUGUUAAAACUUCUGGAAUUUAGGCACGAAAACAAUGCACUCACCCGUCACCCGAAUAAUGUUGAAAGUUCUGCCGUGUCUAGGGACUCAAAUAAUUGUGUAAAGUCGAAAAAUGCACCUCAGCAAAAUGUGUACACGGAAAAUAAUAAGUCUAAGGGCAGGCAUGGCUCUAGUCGAUCACAGCAUAAACAGAUAACGGACAAGGAGUCGAACAUUAAGAAGCAGCAGACAGUUGAAACGUGUCUGGAUUCUGAAAGUUCUGAGGAAAGUAGUUUGUCUGCCAUUAAUUUUAAUGAUAGACCUAAGAGGAAUAGUGUACCAAAAAGGAAAACUGCAUCUCUUUCAAAAACAAGUCAGUCUUCGUUGAAAAGAAAACGUAUAUCCCCAACAAAAGGAGUAUCUCCGAAGAAACAGAAAUCGCAUAAUCCUGAAAGCAGGAAAAGCCAAUCACCUUCCAAAAAAUCGACUUCUAAAGCGAGUAAAAAUGGUGCCAAUAAAGUGGGUAACAGUAAAACGAGAGCUAGAGCCAUUUCAAAUGUGGAUACCCAGAGCAGAAAUGAUGAAUUGUCUUCAGAAUAUGAUGCUGUACCAGUGACCAAAUCAAAUAAACCAAGCAAAAAAUCUGGUAAGGAUUCAUCUUCACAGAAUAAGACAAAAGAGACGAGAAAUAAAUCUACAAAGUCCACUGCUGACAAAAAAAAGGAAGGGAUUUGGAGCGACACAAAGUUGAAAGAUAUGAAGAGAGCCAUGUCUAAAUUAUCCGUGUCGGAUCCAAUGUUUUGGUCGAAGGUUGCCCAAAAGGUUGGGAAAUCGGUGACAGAAUGCAAAAACCAGUACUACAAACAUGGAUUACCAUCAGACAAAGAAGCACCGACUGCUAAGACAAAAAAAUUUAAAUUUUAAUCCAGAAGAUAAAUUAGAGGACAUAUUUGGUGACUUGUGUGCGUUCACGCCACGUCCAUCAUCCGAUCAUAAUUUCCAGUCGUCAAUGAGCAAGUUUUUCUUGACACCAGUGUCAGAAAGGCACACACCAACUUCAUCGUACUCAGACAUGGAAGUCAAAAUAGACUGGGAUAAUGCCACUCACUGUGUUAAAAAUUUUAAAAAGAAUCAGAGGAAAGGUGCUGGCCGCUUGAAACAUUUCAAU